AUGCCGCCGGAUUCAAGAGGGACUAAAUAUGAUUUUCAUCCAUCAGAACCUUACGACUCCUAUACCGUUUUAUACGCUCUAUAUGUAGAAGAUGGCAUCGCGUACUUGCUGAUGCAGGACGUUGCUGGGCAGUCGCUUGAACGUCUGUGGCCAAGUCUUCAACCGCACGAGCGGUCAAUAAUCUUGAACAAACUCAGAAGGAUCCUCAACGAAAUGAGAUCUCUGCCGCCACCGUCUCCUCCAUUCUAUGGGAGUAUUUGCCACGGGCCGCUCCCAUACUUUCUCUUUUGGACUCCAGAAACACAAAAGACAAUCAACGGUCCCUUCAUGACCGAGGCGGAGUUAUGCUUAGGCUUGGUAGAGAGAGUCCGCCAGAUUCAUACCGACAAUAGUCAACACAUGCCCGCUCUCACACAUGGAGAUCUUCAAAAGAAAAAUAUCAUUGUCACUCGAACACAUCUACAAAAUGGAGAUGAUGAAGACGAUGAAGACGGCUUCGAGCUGACGAUACUUGAUUGGGAAGAUGCAGUUAGGAUAACGACUGGCCUCAAAUGGUCGAAGUCUUCCUCGACCCAUAUCCUGUGGAGACGCUUGUCCUAAUGCCGGUUUACCAUGACAUUUUUAUGUAGCCAUACCAGGUGAAUAUAAACACUUUGAUUGUAUCAGUCCGUUCUCACUUUCAGGUUGUACAUGGUUGCAGGCUACAGGAAAGGGCUAUAACAAUUCCGCAGAAUCUUGGGAUUAGGUG